GUGAACGCAGCAGCGAACGACAGCAGGCAGAGGUGAAAAGUCUGGAUCAUGUUUUCGUUCCAGCGGAGCUGCACUUGAAGACAGAGGACACUGGACAUAACGAGCGAGCAGGGCGGACAGCACAGCACGUCGAGCGUCUUCUUCUGUCCACGGAGAGACGACAUUAAUGUUGCUCUCCGCCAGCCGGCUAGCUCGGGCUGAAAUUUGUUGCUAGCUAACGGAGGAGGAGGAGGAGGAGGAGGAGGAGGACGCUGCUGCUGUCAGCCUACCGCCGCCACCAUCAUCGCUCCUAGCCAGCUGUGCAUCGCCCUGUCCGCAUAACAUGGGAAACACAACAACCGCCAAGAAAGGCAAUGAACAGGAAAGCGAGACUUUUGUGAAAGAGUUCUUAGCUAAAGCCAAAGAAGAUUUUUUAAGAAAAUGGGAGUGUCCAGCACAGAGCACAACUGGCCUGGAUGACUUUGAUAGAUUUAAGACUUUGGGCACAGGCUCAUUUGGGCGAGUUAUGCUCGUCAAACAUAAAGGAACAAACCAGUUCUACGCCAUGAAGAUCUUGGACAAACAAAAAGUGGUAAAGUUGAAGCAGAUAGAACACACGCUAAAUGAAAAAAGAAUACUACAGGCCGUCUCCUUCCCCUUCCUCGUCAGAUUGGAGUACGCUUUUAAGGACAACUCAAACCUCUAUAUGGUCAUGGAAUAUGUUCCCGGGGGAGAGAUGUUCUCACACCUCAGACGUAUUGGAAGGUUCAGUGAAAACCAUGCGAGAUUUUAUGCAGCUCAGAUAGUACUCACCUUUGAGUACCUUCACUCCUUAGACCUCAUCUACAGAGACUUGAAGCCUGAAAACCUGCUCAUAGAUCAACAUGGGUACAUCCAGGUCACAGACUUUGGUUUUGCCAAAAGAGUAAAAGGCAGAACCUGGACAUUGUGUGGAACUCCUGAGUACCUGGCUCCAGAGAUCAUCCUCAGUAAGGGCUACAACAAAGCUGUGGACUGGUGGGCACUUGGAGUUCUUAUCUAUGAGAUGGCGGCUGGGUAUCCUCCCUUUUUUGCUGAUCAGCCUAUCCAGAUCUACGAGAAGAUUGUGUCUGGCAAGGUACGAUUCCCCUCUCACUUUAGCUCCGACCUGAAAGACUUGCUGAGAAAUCUGCUUCAGGUCGACCUGACAAAGAGAUUUGGCAACCUGAAGAAUGGCGUGAACGACAUCAAAAAUCACAAGUGGUUCUCCGCAACAGACUGGAUCGCCGUUUACGAGAGAAAGGUUGAAGCGCCCUUCUUGCCCAAGUGCAGAGGACCAGGAGACACAAGCAACUUUGACGACUAUGAAGAGGAGGACAUUCGUGUCUCACAAACAGAAAAGUGUGCGAAAGAGUUUGCUGAGUUCUAGUGAGUGGGCCGGCGUCGCAUCAGGGCUCGUGUGUUUUGGGAUAUUUGCACUCUCCCGAGGGUUAGGGUGGAGCCAAGGCCGUCACAUGUUCAAAAUAAACGCCUCAUUCCUUCAUUCCACACGGCUGAAUGAGGUCCUCCUCACCAUGAUCCUGCAUGCAGUUAGCACUAACCUAUACACAGGCACAUUAUGCAGACACCACUCGUGCUGCGACACAAAAAUACUAGACCACGUCCUCAUCUUUUUAGCUUAUUUCAGUUGUUUUCUGUUUUGCCACUGUUGAUUAUCCUCCCUUAUUUCAAGUCAUAAUUAUUUGUGAAAACGUAAAAACUAAUAUUACUCUCAAUUUCCAAGUGGCACAAAGAGUGAUAGAUUGUAUCAGCUGUUAUUGCACAUUUUGUAAUAUAGGCUUUAGGAAAACAGAAGGGAUUUUAUUUGGUUAAAAAUUUCAACAUUGAAAUUUGCCAGACGUCUGUCGUCUGUUUCACGAGUGUGUUUUAAAGGUUCAUUUUAUUAUUCAUUUAUCAUAACCGCCUCAACAUCAACCAUUACUCAUCAUUCUGGUGUCCGACCACCUUCAACUGUGUAUUUGUGCAUAUAAAAAUAAGCAUAUAUGAUU